AUGGCGAAUGCUGGAGUCACAAAAUCACAAAAGCCGAAGCGGAAAGGCCGGUCUCGGCCUUUAGCACCUGAUGUCACGGCUCGGAACCUGGCAAUUGAGAAGCAGCGUCGUGGUGAAAUGAAUGAGAACUUUCUGGAAUUGGCGCGCAUGCUUCCCAACAUUGCCGCCGCGCGUCGUCUCACAAAGGUGCUCAUCGUCAACAAGACUAUCGAGCACGUGAGACAGCAACGCGAACUUUGUCUGGCAGCAGAUGGGGAUAUGCAAGAGUUAAUUGCAGAGAAUCGUCGCUUGGCCUCAGAGGUCAAUUGCUUGCGUGCUCAAACACAAGGAUUAGCAGCGCCUGUGGUUCAGCCCAAGCCUGUAACAGAAGCCAUGAAGCAACUGGCAGAGACGAAGAGUCAAGUCUUUGGGACAUUUGCUGCGGGGUUUGGCGACAAAUGGGUCGAGAAAGCUUCCCAAGCUCAAGUCCAGACUGCAAGGAGAAGCACGGUGCAUGACAUUCCUGUCAGCGACCUUGGUCAAACUUCGGUGCAGCAAACUCCUUCCAUUGCUUCGCCCACGGAAUUCCAGCCUGGGAUCGAAUUCCCCCAACUCAACAACCCAUAA